AUGACGUGCAUCAACUCAUACUCUAGCUUCGUUAAGGAGGUCAAUAGCUCCAGGGUUUUCAAGAAGACCAGUGGAAACGGAGGGCUCACGCUCUACCUGGGGAAGAGAGACUAUGUGGACCACGUGGACAAAGUGGACCAAGUCGAUGGUGUUGUGAAGCUGGACACAAAGGAUUUUGGAGACAAGAAAGUGUUUGUGCAGCUGGCAUGUGCUUUCCGGUACGGUAGUGAUGACCUGGAUGUGAUGGGCCUGUGCUUCAGGAAGGACAUCUGGAUCCAUCACUUCCAGAUCUACCCUGAGUGCCACAAGCCCACUCUGUCCGCCAUGCACGACACCCUGCUGAAGAAGGCGGGAGACGACGCAAAACCAUUCUCUUUUGAAAUUCCCACCAACCUGCCAUGCUCAGUGUCUCUGCAGCCUGGACCAGAUGAUCAGGGGAAGGCUUGUGGUGUCGACUUUGAGAUCAAAACUUUCAUUGCUAAUAAGAAGUCCGAUCCGGAUGAGAAGAUUGAAAAGAAGGACACAGCUCGCCUUGUCAUUCGUAAAAUCCAGUUUGCCCCCUCCCAGAUUGGCGCCGGGCCCAAGGCUGAUAUCUGCAAAAGCUUCAUGUUGUCCGACAAGCCUGUUCACCUCGAAGCUUCGCUGGAAAAAGAUCUCUACUUCCAUGGCGAAUCAAUCCCCAUCAAAAUCAAAAUCAACAACGAGAGCAACAAAACAGUCAAGAAAUUCAAAAUCAGUGUGGAACAACUCACAGACAUCGUCCUUUACUCAGCAGACAAAUACACCAAGGCUGUUCUCUGCCAAGAGUUUGGAGAGACAGUGGAGUCCAACGGCACCUAUGAAAAUACUCUGACUAUCACCCCCCUGCUGGCUGAAAACAAGGAGAAGAGGGGGCUGUCACUGGACGGGCGACUGAAGGAUGAGGACACUAACCUGGCCUCCACCACUAUGCUGCGACAGGGUCUAGAAAAAGAGGUUUUGGGAAUCCUGGUUUCCUACAAGAUUAAAAUUAACCUCAUGGUGGCUGGAGGAGGCCUGCUUGGUGGCCUCACUUCCAGUGAUGUCACACUGGAGCUGCCAUUGAUGCUCAUGCACCCCAAACCUGAAGGUAUUUUUUCAAUAACUCACACAAACAAAUUGUCUUGA